AUGCAGCAUUACAGCCACAUCCUGGUUGUAUAACGCUAACCUGCAAACAUAAUGUAGCAACUGGAUUCACCUUCAUGAUUGACAUGAGUUGUCGAUGCACUUCCCGUGUUCAAAAUGAUUCCCUAUCACUUCUGCUUUUCCAAAAUGUCACUCCUUUCCUCAAGGUAGUAGUAACUUAGCCACUGUAGCUUACACAACUUUGGGCAUUAUAGGAUCUGCUGGUGAGACUGACUGAUGACACCGAUUCUUAUUUUCUGUACAACCUUGCCAUAUCAGAGGAGGAUUUUCAAAGGUAUCUUCUAAUUUAAACAAAGUAAUUGUGCCCACUACAAUGUAACAUUUGGUGUGCAUACACUAAUCCUACGUCUUCUGUCAUCAGUUUGAAAGUUCAACAGGGCCUGUUGGUAGACUUUGCGUCCUUUCCUCAGAAGUUUAUAGACCUGCUUAACCAGUGUAUCUCGGAUCAAGACGAAGAGUAUCCAAGGUGAGGAGAUCAUUUUCUCUCAGCUCGUUAAUUGUCUCCACUGGCCUUGAGAUCAUGGAUAUGUGACAUGUCUGUGCUUUCCUUUCCCUAGGUUUCUGCUCCAGUUGUUAUCUCCAUCAUCCCGGUAUUAGACCACAGCCCCGCCCACCUCAAUGUUGUGGAGACCAAUGCGUUCAAGCACCUCACGCACCUCUCUCUGAAGCUCCUACAUGGCACCGAAAUCGAGAUCAAGAAGUACCUGGCGAUUUGUCUGUCCUGUGUAAAGGUCAGUGAAUCUCCUGUAACUCCCUCAGGCUAGCUGUCAAUAGCAGACUUAUGAAGAACCUCUGAGAAUCCGUCUGGCCAGACAGACGACAGAAUAAUACAGUUUGAGUAACUUCUUCCACGUAUAUUAACUUAUCCAGGGCUUGACACUAACUUUUUUUGCCAGUAGGACAGAUUUUUUUACUUGUCCAAAAGCUCUACAAUUACAACCAAAUACUUUUUUUGUGUUUAUAAAAUCAUUCCCUCCAGGGCUAGAAAUUAAUGGUGUCCCGUCGUCCCUGGGACGAUACAAAACAGUCUGUGGGCAGUGCACAUACAUAUAUUUUUUUUUAAAGCAAUGAAGCUGAUGCAACAGAUCAGACCGUUUAGCUUAAUGUUGAUAGUUUUAUUUAUUUAUUUAUAUUAUAAGCUCAUCAAUGCUCACAUGGCUGUAGGCUAUGCGCGAAUGUUCCAAAAUGCAAUUAGCUGGAAAACACCAUUCUCAAAAGCGCACUGCACGCGAGAGUACUGUAUGUGACCGAGAUGAAAAUAUCAGUUAGAAAUUAAGAGGGGAGAUCUAAAGAUGCAUCAACUAGCAUGGGUUACUAAUAUGACUAGGAUUGUGUCUUUGGCUGUUGGACGAUAAAAUUAAAUUGAUUUGAAAACCAAUAUAACAUAAGAAAUGCUGGUUUCAAUGGCAAAUUAGCCUGUGUUAAUAAAAUAAUUCCCUCAACAUUUCUAUGGUUGUAUUUUGGCUAGGCUACUUUGAAACAAGGUAAGACAUGCUUCAUAAAAUGACACAACUUUCAGGUUUUAAACAAUUAAGUUUAUGGUUAAAUAGUUUCAAAAUGCUGACCGCCUCCGCUCAGAUUCAAGGUGGGUGAUGUGCGGUGCGCAACAGGCACUGUCCUUCACUCUCCGGUCUUGUGACCAUUUGAUCUGAACGAACCAUGCCUCGAGUAUGUCGACAGAAUCAAGCCUUUAGACAUUCAUGUUAAUUAUCCUUCAUUAUAUUUGUCAAACAUGACUGUCGUUAAGCCUAUAUUAAUGUAAUUAAAAGUCUCGUUUAUAGUAUAGCUACAUUUUCUGGCGCCUCCCUCAUGUCAGCAUCAAUUUGGACAUGAGGCUGUAGACAAUAUGCAUAUCACCUACACUUUGACAUGUAGGCUUUUUAAUUUAUGCACAUGAAAAAUCGAUUUCAAUAUUAUUCCAAUGCUGGCGUAAUUGUUUGAUAGUGAUUAAAAAUAUAUAUAUAUUACUUGUCCAUUCAGACAACUUAAAUCUAUAUUCUUCUUGUCAGAUUUACAAAAACAAUAUUAUUAUUUUUGACUUGUCCCUGACAUUUAAUAAUGUUGAACCCUGUUAUCCCCCCAUUUGAUCUGUCAGGAGGAGAACAGGCAGUUGGAACAGAGGCUGAAGAUGAUCUCUCCAGGAAGCUUGGCGACGCACAACUGGUAAAGCAAUAUGAAAUAUGAAAAUCCAGGCAGGUUUGGAUAACCCCUUGAUGUAACAUCUUGUUUCUGAUCAAAAUCACAUCUUAUGCACGUGUGUCUUACAGACUCUGUCAGAGAAGAGCAGAGAACUGGACAAGCUGCGGUCAGAGUGGACCAGCCAAACAACCUGUCUGUCUACACUCUCAGGACCUCACUGGGGAGCGGGAGAAGGCUCUGGAGGUAUCAUGUCAUAUCUCAUACUAUAAACUGCCUUUUAAGUCUAUUCCACAUCAGGAGGAAUAAGAGCUUACAUGUUUUUUCUCUAUUUGAUAUAUGAUAUGCUACAUGACCAAAAGUAUGUGGAUAUUGCUCGUCUAACAUCUCAUUCCAAAAUCAUGGGCAUUCAUAUGGAGUUGGUCUCCCCCCUUUUGCUGCUAUAACAGCCUCCACUCUUCUGGGAAAGCUUUCCACUAGAUGUUGGAACAUUGCUGCAGGGACUUGCUUCCAUUCAGCCACAAGCAUUAGUGAGGUCGGGCACUGAUGUUGGGCGAUUAGGCCUGGCUCGCAAUUCAUCCCAAAGGUGUUCGAUGGGGUUGAGGUCAGGGCUCUGUGCAGGCCAGUCAAGUUCUUCCACACCGAUCUCAACAAACCAUUUUUGUAUGGACCUCGCUUUGUGCACCGGGGGCAUUGUCAUGCUGAAACAGGAAAGGGCCUUCCCCAAACUGUUGCCACAAAGUUGGAAGCACAGAAUCGUCUAGAAUGUCAUUGUAUGCUGUAGCGUUAAGAUUUCCCUUCCCUGGAACUAAGGGGCCUAGCCCGAACCAUUAUUCCUCUUCCACCAAAGUUUACAGUUGGCACUAUGCAUUGGGGCAGGUAGCGUUCUCCUGGCAUCCGCCAAACACAGAUUAGUUCGUCAACUGCUAGCUGGUGAAGCGUAAUUCAUCACUCCAUAGAACGCGUUUCCACUGCUCCAGAGUCCAAUGGCGGCGAGCUUUACACCACUCCAGCUGACGCUUGGUAUUGCACAUGGUGAUCUUAGGCUUGUGUGCGGCUGCUCUGCCAUGGAAACCCAUUUCAUGAAGCUACCGACGAACCGUUCUUGUGCUGACGUUGCUUCCAGAGGCAGUUUGGAACUCGGUAGUGAGUGUUGCAAUCGAGUACAAGUUUUAUGUGCUUCAGCACUCGGCGGUCCCGUUCUGUGAGCUUGUGUGGCCUACCACUUUGCAGCUGAGCCGUUGUUGCUCCUAGACGUUUCCACUUCACAAUAACAGCACUUACAGUUGACCGGGCAGCUCUAGCAGGGCAGAAAUUUGACGAACUGACUUGUUGGAAAGGUGGCAUCCUAUGACAGCGCCACAUUGAAAGUCACGGAGCUCUUCAGUAAGGCCAUUUUACUGCCAAUGUUUGUCUAUAGAGAUUGCAUGGUUGUGUGCUUGAUUUUAUAUACCUGUCAGCAACGGGUGUGGCUGAAAUAGCCAAAUCCACUAAUUUGAAGGGGUGUCCACAUACUUUUGUGUGUGUAUAUAUAGUGUCUCUCUAAAAUAAGUGAUUUAUCUCUUUGAUAUGCUCUCAUCGCCCUGUGCAGACGCAAACCAAGUUGCAGCAGCAGAAUGAGCAGCUGCGCCGGGAGCUGGAGGGAGCCCACAUGAAGAGCACCCAGCAGCUGCAGAGCAGGCUGGCUGAGCUGGAGGCCUCCAACAUGGACCUGACUGAGAAGAGAUACAAGACUGAGUCCACCAUCCGUGACCUCAAAGCCAAACUUGUGGGCCUGGAAGAGGUGAGAGAUGAGCUAGAGUAUGGGGAAAAUGUCACAAAAUCGGCCAUUUUUGUGAAUACUGUAUUAACUUCAUUUAAGUCUGAAACACUCAUAGGAUAAAUAUCAUUACAAAAAAAAAAAAAAAAUGUUACAUCCAUAUUGAAUUCCUGAUUUGAUUGAGAAAUUGGAAUGUUGCCCUCCAAUUUUGUCGAGAACCUGCUGACAAGUGUUUGUGUGAGAACAGGAGUUCCAGCGAGUGAAGCAGCAGGCCCUGUCUCUUCUGAGGGAGAACGGUGCACUGGACACGGAAUGCAACGACAGGGAGCGUCAGGUGAACCAGCUGCAGACGCGUGUGGCCGUCCUGGAGCAGGAGAUCAAAGACAAGGACCAGCUCGUGCUCCGCACCAAGGAAGUGCUGGAAGCCACUCAGCAACAGAAGGUAUGCAGUGAGUCCUGCAGGCAAAUGGAGAACAUUUUCCCCCUCAAUACUGUCCAAAACCAGGAUUUUGUUAAAACUAAUAUUGAUGAAUCAUAAGUGAGAAACUGUGUUUGUGUAGAAGGGAACGCUGAAAGCAAACAACUCCAAAUAGGAAAACUGGAAGCCACAGUAAAAUCCCUGUCUGAGGAACUCCUAAAGGUUGGUUACUUGAAUUUCCAAUCAUGGCUUUUUAUUAUGCAUGUCAAGUAAUGGUCUGAAAAUACAUGGUCACAGUCUCAACCCAGUCAAGUUCAAAUCCACUAAGUCCUUGUCCACUCAUGCACUUAUUCGAGACCAAAUAUUUAAACCAAUUUUGUCUUGGUGCUGAUCACAUCCCCUUUGAGAAGGAACAUGUCUUUGAGAGUGGGGAUAAAGUACUGUCUUGACACAACCUUGUGUUGUCUUCCCAGGCCAAUGGCAUCAUCAAGAAGUUACAGGGAGAUCUGAGGGGCCUGGUGGGGAAGAUCAAGGUGAAGAACACUGUGACGGUGUCUCAGGAGAAGGUGCUCCAGGAGACCCAGGAGAGGCUGCACAAGGUCCAGAGAGACCUGCAAGACACUCAGCAGCAGCUCAAGCAUAGAGAUGAGGAGGUGUAUGUGUCUGUCCUUUACGGUGUGAUUCCUCUGCCUUAAAUGCUAAUCGGAGGACUUGAAAAAUGGGGAGAAAUAGCUGCUGAAAGACCCAAUGCAUAUGUGUGUUUGCAUUUACGUGUGCAAGCGAAGUUUUAAAGAGUCGUGGGCAUUGACCUAUUUCUUUGCAUCAAGUUGGGAUUGAUCUGUUUUGUUGUAACUUUCCAUCCUCUGUAGGUGUCAAAAUUGAAGGAGCAGUUGGAGGCGACGGUUAAGAAACUAGACGAAAGCAGGGAGGUGCUGAAAACAAACGAGAAUGGUAUGGAAGGUCUUUUUAAAGCAAAUUUACAUGAUUUUGCACUUUGGCUGUUGUCUUUACCAAGACGUUUUUUUAUACAUUUUAAUGCCUGUUUUGUUGUCGUGUUUAUCAUAGAAAUGUGCCUUUUUAUAAUGUCAAAACAAGGCUUCAUUUUAUCCCCCAGUUAUAAUUUGGCUGAACAAACAGCUGAACGAGAACCAGCUAUCCAGGAAGCCAGAGACUCUUGGAACGUUGACGACUCCUCCAGCUCUCUCAGCCUCAGCUGGACAGAGGACAGGCGGUGCCUCUCACAUGUUAAGCAUGUCAUGGUACAUGGUAAGAUAUCGGCUUGAUACCAUUUGGUCGCAGUCUCUAGCCUUGCUAUAAUCAAGAGAAGUGUGUUUGUUUUGAAUUGCAGUUGUUUCCAGGUAAUCCAACUUUAGAUCAGUGUUUAUAACUUUAAACUUUGACUAAUUAUUUUUUUUAUAUGAACACUUAUCUCAAAGGGACAAUCUGCAGUUUAAACAACAACAAAGCAGUCACACUGCCACAGAUUUGGUUAACAGCUGAGGGAUAGAGCUGGAGAAAUGUAACCAAUCUCAAAUAUAGACUGAGCUAUGGAUAAAAAUGAUAGUUUUAACCAUGUUUCGAGGCUAACAGUGUGUUUACAAUUACAAAGAAUGGAGUAAAACAAGCUUAUAUUUUGGGUUACGACAGUUGAACUAAACUCAUGAGACAUUUAUAAGUUACAUUCUUCAAGAAUCAAUGGGUAUAUCGUUAAUUUAAAUGUCCAAAAAAUGGAUAUACUGUACCAAUCGCAGAUUGCCCCUUUAAAGAUAAACACCGCAAUAUGAUAACAUGCAUAGCGGGGAUGACUUCCUUCUUACAGACAUCCCACUGUUAAAGAUGAAGUCAUAUUGCUGAGUAGGCUUGGACUGUAUAUCAUGUAUACCGGGGUAUUUGGAAAAAGCCACGUGAUGGAUUUUCAUACUGUCAAUGCCGUCAACUAUUUAUUUGACGUUUUUAAAUAAACGUUUAUAUUUGAGCUACUUUUUAAGUUAAUACCUGCAGUCAACUUGUGCAAUAGGUUAAGGAGAUAUAGCAGAUUGCGUUCUUUAUUUCACCUGUCACAUUAUUUUACAUUAUGAAGCUUACUGUAGUUCCCCGGGAACAGUCACGUGUUUGUUUGUAAAUGGAACAACGGGAGAAAGUGGGAGCCGGUGAUUCUCAUAGCGUUCUGUAUCUAUCGGCGAGUCUCUGUUGUGCGGCUCACAUGAAGUGAUGAAGUUACACUUGUAUGCAAUUCACUACUAAAUGUUUGCCAUCAGAUAUCAUAUAAUGGCAUUCUGCCAGAAGUCAAGUUUUAAUGUCACAUGCACAAGUAAAGUGAAAUGCCUUUUCUUGCUUGCUCUAAACCCAACAAUGCAGUAAUUAAUAACAAUGUAAUACUAAAAAUAACAUAAGGUAGAACAAAAAUAAGAACACGAUAAAGUAAGUAAGCAUACUAUAUACAGGGUCAGUCAGUUCAGGACUCUGGAGCAGUGGAAACGCGUUCUCUGGAGUGAUGAAUCACGCUUCACCAGCUGGCAGUUCGACGGACAAAUCUGGGUUUGGCGGAUGCCAGGAGAACGCUACCUGCCCCAACGCAUGGUGCUAACUGUAAAGUUUGGUGGAGGAGGAGUAAUGGUCUGGGACUGUAUUUCAUGAGUCAGUCUAGGCCCCUUUAGUUCCAGUGAAGGGAAAUCUUAACGCUACAGCAUACAAUGACAUUGUAGACGAUUCUGUGCUUCCAACUUUGUGGCAACAGUUUGGGGAAGGGCCUUUCCUGUUUCAGCAUGACAUUGCCCUGGUGCAUAAAGCAAGGUCCAUACAGAAAUGGUUUGUCGAGAUCGGUGUGGAAGAACUUGACUGGCCUGCAAAGAGCCCUGACCUCAACCCCAUCAAUCACGUUUGGGAUGAAUUGGAACACCGACUGCAAGCCCAGACUAAUUGCCCUACCUGACUAAUGCUCUUGUGGCUAAAUGGAAGCAAGUCCCUGCAGCAAUGUUCCAACAUCUAGUGGAAAGCCUUCCCAGAAGAGUGGAGGCCGUUAUAGCAGCAAAGGGGGGACCAACUCCACAUUAAUGCCCAUGAUUUUGGAAUGAGAUGUUCGAUGGGCAGGUGUCCACAUACUUUUGGUCAUGUAGUGUAUGUAUAGGGGUAAGGUGACUAGUUAUCAGGAUAUAUGAUAAACAGAGUAGCAGCAGCUUAUAUGAUGAUUGUAUGCGAGUGGGUUUGUGUGUAGAGUCAGUAUAAAUGUAAGAGGUGUGGUAUGAGGGGGCAAGCUAGAACUCAGAAUCAUAUGUUGAGGUCCCUAACUCUCGGCCAGUGUUGCAACUGUAUUGUUUGAAUUCUGACUUUGUGUUGACCUGGGGCUGAAUUGCAGGUCCAGUUUAACCCCAUGAGUGCCAAGCCCGGCGUGUCUCCUGUGGACAGUAGCCCCACUGCACAGCAUCCCCCUCAGCCCUCCAACAAAGAGAAGUGAGUCCAGCUUUCUGUCUGGGGCUUCCAUGUGUGGUUCUAGUUGAGUUUUUAUGCUAUCAGAAUUAACUUGGAAGUGUUCAGGAACAUCUUCUCUGCUCACUUUUACAUACACAUAUCUAAUUGGAUGGUGCAUCACCAUCAGCAAGCGCUCUGUGGCUUUAAUUCAGACCCAUGUUGCCUUUGGUCUGCACCUACUGCCUUAUUUUCUACCUUCACAACAGUUCUGUUCUUCCUUCUCUUUUUUGAACCUGUAGCGGGGUGCCUGCUGGAUUGGAGUCC